UUUAAAGGGUGGCCAUUCUGAUGUUUAUCAGGCGAACGGGCGGACGAAGUAUUUUUUGAUAUAUCUGCGCGAAUAAUUCGAAACUUUUACUUUGCAUUUAAUCAAGUACACUGGAUUGCACGUAUCAGGAACGAAAGUUAACCUGUCGACAAACGGAUGUGAUGAUUCGGAAUCAUAAUUAUUCGAAAAGUUGUCACUAGAAGAAAACAGAAUGUCCGGGAUAGUUCAGUACGUGGUGGUGCGGGGAGAUCUUUCAAGGACGAUGAAGUGGCCAUUGGGCGCCGUCGUCGCCCAGGCGUGUCACGCAUGCACCGCCGUUAUACAUCUCUUUUACGAUGACGCCCACACGCAGACGUACCUCGCCGAUUUAGACAAUAUGCACAAGGUCGUCCUCGAAGCCGCUGAUGAAGCCGAUCUGGAGAGGCUGUGUUCGAAAUUGAAGGAGAACGACAUUCAACACAAGCUGUGGAUAGAACAGCCCGAGAACAUCGCGACGUGUUUGGUGACGAAACCCUACCCCAAGGAUGAGGUGCAAUCGUAUUUCAAGAGGUACAAACUGCUUAAAUUGUGACAGCGAAAUGGUACAUAAUAAACGCCGCUACGAUAAAGAAUGUCUCAGGUUACUUUCCACGUUACAUCGAAUCGAAGGUAAUCCUCUCAGAACUAUUUUUGAAACAAUUAUCUUAUUUGUUAUCUGUCAUCUAAAGAAAAGAUCCUGGAAAACUUUGAAGUAUAAUCAAACACGUUAGAUUAGAUUAAAUUGUGUAACUAUAAAGAAGAUAUUUCUAACGGAAAAAUCUGCCAAUUCUGAGAAAUUUAAUAACGCUUGUAUAAACUAAAUACACAUUUCUUCAAAAGGAAACGCGAAUAAUGUUUGUAUUUCACGCUGUUUGAACGGAAGAUCAAUGUGUCGAAGGUAAAUCGGCACACGUCUGUCUGACCGUCGAUAUUGCAACAGGGUAUACUUCGGCCCUCUUUUUUCUUCGUUUUUUUUUCUUUUUCUUUUUUACGAACGACAUCGUUUUGACGCACGGAAAAUAUUUGCGUGUCGGGAAUGGACUACAAACGCUCGAAAGAGAGAGAUAAAAGGAAAGAACAGAGCUCGACACGGCAGACUGAUAUUUCUGACAUUGAGAAAGAUAUAUCUACACUUUAUCUACUGAUUUAUUUCACGAUACCUCGCAA